AUGUCCCGCCAUCGGGCUCCCAGUCACCCAACAGCCUACCGCAAUUCCCAUCCUAUCGUCGUCCCGGGCCUGUCCCGAUACUCCUCACCCGCAAAUUCGCCCACUGCGGCCAACCAUCCCGCCUAUCGCAACAAGUACAACUACAGCACCACUACGAGUGGCUCCGCCAGACCUCGCCACAGCAACACCUACUACCAAGACAGCGGCUACAAAUCUUCUUCAUACCCUUCCGCUUCCAAGAAGCCCGAAAAGGGCCUCUCCUACACCUCCACCCGCGACAUCAGCGGGUGGCUCGGCGGCGCUGCACUUACCGCCGGUGCGGCAUACUUGCUGAGGGGAAGUAACGGGGCCGUGUAUGGGGGCUCGCGGGACGCAAAGCGCUCGAGGGAUAGGGAUGCGAAGUACUACUAUGAGGACAAGUAUGAUAGCAGGGGAAGGGAUCGGGAUCGGGAUAGGGGAAGGUAUCACGAUGAUGUUGGAAGGAGUCGGGGACGGGCGAAGAGUGAGCGCAGGCCUGAUGGAGGGAGAGACAGGGAGAGGAGUCGGGAUCGUGGUAGGGGAGGGGGCAGGUACUAUUACUAUUGA